CAAAAAUUUUAAGUCGAUCAAAGCUUAAAGAUCUUGGAUUUCAAUUUAGCAAUGAUCAAUUUAGAACUGCUAUUCAAAAAGCCAAUGAGUCAUCAUUUUUAUUAACUAAUUAUCAAUGGUUUAUACCACUAUUACAGGCAGCUAUUGAUGAAACUACAAAGCAACUUAUUAUUGAAUUUCUUCACAAUAAUUCACAAAGAUCAUCACAUACAAGACGCAAGCAAAAUUCUGAUAUAACUGAAAUAUAUUUCUUAGAAAAACCAAAAU